UAUAAAUCUUAAAUUAACUAAAAAAGAUAUACAUAUAAACGGAACCCCUGAAUUGUUUCUUCUCCCAGCCGCCGCUGUGCCGAAUCGCCGUCGCGUUGUACCGCCACAAUAGCUCGUAGAUAGAUGGCUUACAGAGGAGGACGAGGAAGAGGAAGAGGUGGGUUUGGUGGGUUUGGCGUUGAGUAUGCAAAGGCAGAACCUUUUGUUAUUUUCCCUGACAUUACCUUACCUGACCGUAAAUCAAUCUCAGACGAUACCCAAUUACUUAAGAACUUCAAUUUCUUUGAGAGGUUCUGGAAAAGUUCGCCUUACCACUUAGGCGAUGGUGUUUCAAAGAAAGAGAGUGAGAGUUUAGACAUUGAGAGGUUCUCAGACACGUUGAAGCCAAAGAAGAAGAAGUCUAAUGAGCGGGGAUCUUUCUAUGACUAUCUUGUUCUUAGACCUGAUAACUUCCCUAAAGAACUUCUUGGAGAUACUCGAAGAGAACGGCCUGUGAAGAGAGCAAGAUGGACUCAGGACGCAGAUCUGCAGAAGUUGGAGGCCUUGGAGAAGCUUGAAGCAAAGCUUAAGGCUGAAGGCAAGGAAGAGAAUGAAGAAGGAGAAGGUGAUGAAGAAGUUGAGGAAUCUGAGGGAGAAGAUUCUGAAAAUGGAGAUUAUGAUCAGAAUAAAGACUUUGAUGAUGAUGACGACGAUUAUAACGAGCCGGAGGAUAACGAUAAUGAAGACGUAUAUAUCUAAAGCUUCUUCUUAUUUGUCUUCCCAAAAAAGGAUCAAGUUUUGAGAACAAGAGAUAGCUAAAACUCAAUUAUUGCUUCAUACAAAUCACCUUCAAACCCUCGUAGAAUAAUAUAAUCUACCAAUUGUUCCUUUCCUUCAUUUUUUUUAUUUCUUUUUAAUAUAUCAUCAGCCUCAAUAAAAAUUGUUGAAGGAUUA